GAGCAGAGAGAGGGAGAGAGAGAGAGAGAGAGAGAGAGAGAGAGAGAGAGCGGGACAACGUGAGUGUCUCCUAUCUCACUAGAGCUCAAACUAACGGGAUCUUCUUAUAUCAUGCGCAGAGAUUCAAGAACCAGACAAGUGAAAGCGCGUGUCCAUUACUCAAGGAAAAAGAGAGCCAGUACGAACUUAGAUUGCUUUGUGACUUUUCUGCUUUCGCUGAAGCGUUUGACGGAGGUACAGUGACCUGUGUGGAGAUUUCUUCAGCGAUUUUCUUUAAUUGCGAAAGUGUAGGCUAAACAUAUUCGGAUCUUCCGCAGUGGUUUAGAUCAGGUAUCCAGGAGUUUGCCCAUGAGUUGGAGUCAGAUAUACAGCAGUUUCAUAUUUGGCACCGGUUUGAUCGUGGUGUCAUAGCGGCUUUGGAUUGAUCUCGCUCAGACUGUCAACUGAUUUUCCCCUAUUAUAUCUGCAAACAGUGAACGCAUCUUCUCUUUAGAAGCUGUUUUUCAGCUCAGGAGAGCCUGAGGAAGGCGCGAGAUGAUGUUGAGGGUCUCGGAUGCUUUGGUCACUUUGGUGACUCUUUACUGUGUGGUCAACGGGACUGUCGGCGGAUACGGCAUGAGCAUGUUCGCCGCUCAGACCUCCCCACCGGAUCCGUGUUACGACGAGAACGGUCACCCCAGAAGAUGCAUCCCCGAUUUCGUGAACGCGGCGUUCGGGAAGGAAGUGCGCGCGUCCAGCACCUGCGGCAAAACACCGAGUCGGUACUGUGUGGUGACUGAGAAAGGAGAUGAAAAGCACAGAAACUGCCACACGUGCGACGCGUCAGACCCAAAGAAAUAUCACCCACCUGCUUACCUAACCGACCUGAACAAUCCUCAUAAUCUCACCUGCUGGCAGUCGGACAAUUACAUCCAGUAUCCUCAAAACGUCACUUUAACAUUAUCCCUGGGCAAAAAAUUCGAAGUGACCUACGUGAGUUUGCAGUUCUGCUCACCCCGACCAGAGUCUAUGGCUAUCUUUAAAUCAAUGGACUACGGCAAGUCCUGGGUGCCUUUCCAGUAUUACUCGACCCAGUGUAGAAAGAUGUACAACAAGCCCAGCAAAGCCACGAUCACUAAGCAAAACGAGCAGGAAGCCAUCUGCACAGAUUCUCACACCGACAUGCACCCACUCUCUGGCGGGUUGAUAGCGUUCAGCACCCUGGACGGACGACCCUCCGCGCAUGACUUUGACAAUUCACCCGUACUUCAGGACUGGGUGACUGCCACUGACAUUAAGGUGACUUUCAGCCGACUGCACACUUUCGGAGACGAAAAUGAGGAUGACUCGGAGCUGGCAAGAGAUUCCUACUUUUACGCCGUGUCAGACCUGCAGGUCGGAGGCAGAUGUAAGUGUAAUGGACACGCGUCACGGUGCGUCAAAGACCGGGAUGGAAACCUAGUGUGCGAGUGCAAGCACAAUACAGCCGGACCAGAGUGUGACAGAUGCAAACCGUUUCACUAUGACCGACCCUGGCAGCGCGCAACCGCCAGAGAAGCCAACGAAUGUGUCGCAUGCAAUUGUAACCUCCAUGCAAGGCGCUGUCGUUUCAACAUGGAGCUGUACAAACUCUCCGGGAGGAAAAGCGGAGGAGUCUGCCUGAACUGCCGGCACAAUACGGCAGGUCGCCACUGCCAUUACUGCAAAGAGGGCUACUACAGAGACAUGUCUAAGCCCAUCUCUCACAGAAAGGCCUGCAAAGCCUGUGAUUGCCAUCCUGUGGGGGCCGCUGGCAAAACCUGUAACCAAACCACAGGCCAAUGCCCUUGUAAAGACGGUGUGACGGGUAUCACAUGCAACCGUUGUGCUAAAGGCUACCAGCAGAGCCGAUCACCCAUUGCCCCCUGCAUAAAAAUUCCCAUUGCUCCACCAACAACCACUGCAAGCAGCACAGAGGAACCUUCAGACUGUGAAUCCUACUGCAAGGCAUCCAAAGGCAAGCUGAAGAUCAAUAUGAAGAAGUACUGCAAGAAAGACUACGCUGUUCAGGUCCACAUCCUAAAGGCAGAAAAAGCCGGUGAGUGGUGGAAGUUCACCGUCAACAUCAUCUCUGUCUACAAACAGGGUGAAAGCCGAAUCCGCAGGGGAGACCAGUUUUUGUGGGUCAGAGCAAAGGACGUGGCCUGCAAGUGCCCGAAGAUCAAGCCCGGCAAGAAGUACCUACUUCUGGGCAAUGAUGAGGAUUCCCCUGGACAAAGCGGAGUGGUGGCAGACAAGGGCAGUCUGGUCAUUCAAUGGAGGGACACUUGGGCUAGAAGACUCCGGAAGUUUCAGCAGCGGGAGAAGAAAGGAAAAUGCAAGAAAGCAUAGUGAGGGCAAAAGGAAAGAGGUGGCCAUCCAGAGCUGGACAGAGAAACAACAGACGAGUGGUGGAUGAAAAGAUAAUAAGGGAAAGGAAGAGAGAGGAAAAAAAAAAAAAGAUGAACUGAACAUCGCUGCUUUGAAUAAAGGCAUGAAGACAAUAUUAACAUUUUGUUUUUAAAAUAGGAACAUGUGUGAAGGAGUUCACGAUGCAGUUUUCAUUUCUUAUUUGUUUCCUUCAAGAUUUGUUUGCUGUUUGCCAAUUUUGCACCUGCGUCCAUUAUAAAGAAAGGUAUUUGAUGUUAAAUGGCUUCAUAUUUCAGAUCCAUUUCUGGACGGUUUUGAGAAUCAAAUUAAGCUGUAUUUCUUAUUCUUAAACAAAUUUUUAAGGUGAAAACAAAUGUAAACAUUAUUUAAAGCAAGCCUCUUCAAUACAAAAAAAAAAUGAAACAUUUUCAUGAGUGAGCUUUAGCGUUUAAAAAUUCAUAUGCUCUAACUUAUGCAUAAUGCAUAAUGGCAUCUGAGAUGCCAACAUUCCAGAAUAUUUCGGUAGGAAUUUUUUUAAUGUGACAGACAUCAAAACAAUUUUGGUCUUCUUUAGCCAAUUUAAAAGGUUUUUUUUUUUUUUUUUUUUUUUUCUUCAAGGUCUGAAAAGUAUUUUUUAAAAAAAUAUCACUUUGUAACAACACUGCAUGAAAAACAAAUGUAUGCAUAUAUUGGUGCAUAUUAUGUUUAUAAUUCAGCAUUAUUAGUUGUUGCGAUUUUCAUGAAGUUGCAUGGUUUAACAUUAUCAUUGAAUUCAGAUGCAAAAAAAGAGAGAAAAAGACAAUAUAGGAAAGCUCUUGUACAGUGUAACAUGUAUAUUUCAUAUAACACUACUCAUUUUUGAAGACUGGUGCUGCUGGGUUUGCCCAGACUGCUACAGACUCCGAAACUGUCCCAGCAAAUGCACGACAAAAGCAAAUCAACGGUUUCUGUUCAAAGGUUAUGUUUCUGAUUGUCUUUUCAUUGUAGGUGGCUUGCAGUUCACUACUUCAAGGUUAAAGAAUCAUCUAACAAUUGCUGAAAAGAAGCCCUGUACAUUUAAGUAGCGCCUAUUUUCUUCAAAAGUCCCCACUAAUAUAGACUACAUUUGGUAGAAUUGACGAUUUUUUUUUUUAAAUAAAAAAAAACAAUGUCUGUUUAAGCCAUGUGUGUGAGUCUAAAAAAAAAAAAAAAAAAUCUGUACUCAUAAUUGUUGAAAAUGCUAAAAAUGUAAUGGCAUGCUUGUACAAACCCUAAAAUUAUUAGCAUGCAUUUACAAUUAUUUUUGAACUUGGAAUAAAACCACCAUGUAUAUUUUUGUAUAAGACAUGAUGAUUGAGGUAGAUGACAUCAUUUAUUGCUCCAUUUGAUGCUCUGAUUCAGUUGUUUAUAGUCCAGACAUGGACGAUGACGUUCUUUUGUUAAAACAGAACUUCAGUGCGAUGAGUCCAGUGUAUAAACAGGCCUUUUCGUAAGUCCUAAGUGUUGGUAUAGAAUGGUGUGUAUAGUUAGUAUUUUUCCUUGUGUGUAAAACAGUAUUUAGAAGUGUACGAAUUACCUUUAACUAGUAUUCAUGAACUAGUAUUUAGUUUUGUAAAGCAACAGCAUCUCUCCUUUAACAUGUCCAUUUAGGGUCUGUGAAUGUAGGAAUGCAUGUACAGUAAUGUUUCACUACAACAGAGAAUUCUCUUCACUGUGAGAAACGCUGCUCACACACACACACACACACACACACACACACACACACACACACACACACACACACACACACACACACACACACACACACACACACUUAUUCUGUUACCGAUGAGACAGAAGUUCUCUAAAGUACAGCUUUUUCACUGAUCUUUGAGAGGUCACUUAACGUUUGAUGGUGUGGUCAGUCCUUCACAGAUCAUUAAGAAAAUAAACUGCAAGAACUGAUCAUUUCAGUAUCAAAUACCAAAAAAAAAAAAAGAGAAAGAAAAGACGGAUUCGAUGAAUGGUUUACGUGUGCAGUAAUUAUCAUCUUAACUCAAUGAUUGCUACUUGUAAAUGUACACAAUGUAUGACAUACAGAUAUUUAUACAUAUGAUGUAUUUACCGGUUACAAACAAUAUUCGUAAUACCACAUGUAAAUGUAUUUUGUUUGGCACUCAGUAUCUUAGUGCACACUCUUUUUUUAUUUUAAGUAUUACAACGAUGUAAAUUUAUGUUCAGUUUUUAUUUUUCGCAGCAGUGGAAAGAUGGCUCAUGUAUUUGACAUUACCAGCAGACCUUACAUACAUUGCUUCUUGUUCAUAUUAUGAAUUGUAAAUUUAGCUGUGACAAAUACAAGACGUCUGCAAUAUUGUUUUACAAUGCAUACUAAUAUAUUAUGGUUAUUAUAAGAAAAUAUUUAAUGACACAAGACAUUGUGGAUUUUUUGUUUUGUUUUGACAUCUUUUUACCUUUUUUGUUUGAUUUUUUAUUUUUUAUUUUUUUUUUAAUACAGUUUGUGGUUGUUUAGAUGGUUGUGAUUAAAAUCCAGAGGGCAAAAUAACUACUGAACACCAACCUGGUAGAACUACAUUCAGCAUUCAUUUGGAAUAAAAUCUCAAAACAUUA